CGCCCGGUCACUGCUUCCUUGGGCGGGCGGCGGGGAGCGCGGCUCAGCCGGGCGGCCCGGGUCCCGCAGCUCUGUCCCGGACGGCAGCUCUGGAUCUCCGGGGCCCGCGGGGCGCAACGGACCCCGAGCGGGGCGCACCGGCCUUCAGGCGGGGGAUCCCGGACGCCCCCACCCCAGCCCGACAGGCGGACGCAGGCGACAGAAGACCGUGUCCAACCGCCUGGACCACUCCCCGAAAUCUCGCCCCUGUCAAAAAACAAAACCCACUCCAAAUCAAAGUUCCUUAGGGCCUUUAACGUCUUUGCCUGCCUGCCUUCCUUAGGAGGAAGACCAUCUAGGGGUGAGGAGGGAAAACGAGAGGCCUUCUGGCACUCUCGCCUCAAAUACAACCCGGUGUUUGGCAGCUACGAAUCAGUGGUUUCUGCCAGCUGUUAGAGGAGAUAUCCCUCCAGGCUGUGCUGCCCAUGGAUUUGUCUGUGAUGGUACCAGAAUAUUAGUAUUUGGGGGAAUGGUUGAAUAUGGAAGAUAUAGCAAUGAGUUAUAUGAGUUACAAGCAAGUCGUUGGUUAUGGAAAAAAGUGAAACCCCAUCCCCCUCCUUCUGGUUUACCUCCUUGUCCUCGGCUUGGACAUAGCUUCUCUUUAUAUGGUAACAAAUGCUAUUUGUUUGGUGGCCUGGCAAACGAAAGCGAAGAUUCAAACAAUAAUGUUCCCAGAUAUUUAAAUGAUUUUUAUGAGUUGGAGCUACAGCAUGGCUCUGGUGUUGUGGGUUGGAGCAUUCCAGUGACUAAAGGGGUUAUGCCUUCUCCAAGAGAAUCCCACACAGCUGUUAUAUAUUGCAAAAAAGAUUCUGGAAGUCCUAAAAUGUAUGUUUUUGGUGGAAUGUGUGGUGCUCGCCUUGAUGACCUAUGGCAGCUUGACUUAGAAACUAUGUCAUGGUCAAAACCAGAAACUAAAGGGACAGUGCCACUUCCACGAAGCCUUCAUACAGCCAGUGUUAUAGGAAACAAGAUGUACAUUUUUGGUGGAUGGGUCCCACAUAAGGGGGAAAAUACUGAGACUUCACCUCAUGAUUGUGAAUGGAGAUGUACCAGUUCAUUUUCUUACCUAAAUCUGGAUACAACAGAGUGGACCACCCUAGUAUCAGAUUCUCAGGAAGAUAAAAAAAAUUCAAGACCAAGACCAAGAGCUGGCCACUGCGCUGUUGCAAUUGGCACUCGAUUGUAUUUUUGGAGUGGAAGAGAUGGCUACAAAAAAGCACUGAAUAGUCAAGUUUGCUGCAAGGAUCUUUGGUAUCUUGAUACUGAGAAACCACCAGCACCAUCUCAAGUACAGCUGAUCAAAGCCACUACCAACUCCUUUCAUGUCAAGUGGGAUGAAGUGUCUACAGUUGAGGGCUAUCUUUUGCAGUUGAGUACGGACUUGCCAUACCAAGCUGCAUCAUCAGAUUCUUCAGCAGCACCAAAUAUGCAAGGAGUCAGGAUGGACCCUCACAGACAAGGCAGUAAUAACAUCGUUCCUAACAGUAUCAGUGAUACAAUAAACAGCACAAAAACUGAACAGCCAGCCACAAAAGAAACUUCAAUGAAAAACAAACCAGACUUUAAAGCACUGACGGAUUCUAAUGCCAUUUUAUAUCCAUCUUUGGCAUCGAAUGCUUCUAAUCAUAAUAGUCAUGUGGUGGAUAUGCUAAGGAAAAAUGAAGGUCCUCACACUUCAGCAAAUGUAGGUGUUCUAAGUAGUUGCCUGGAUAUAAGAACAGUAAUUCCUGAAACUUCUGUAUCCAGUACUGUUUCCAGCACACAAACUAUGGUAACCCAGCAGACCAUUAAAACUGAAUCAUCCAGUACAAAUGGGGCAGUUGUUAAAGAUGAAACUUCACUAACAACAUUCAGUACCAAAUCUGAAGUUGAUGAAACAUAUGCACUGCCUGCAACAAAGAUCAGCCGUGUAGAGACACAUGCUACAGCAACGCCGUUUUCUAAAGAGACUCCUUCAAAUCCAGUGGCCACAGUGAAAGCGGGAGAACGACAAUGGUGUGAUGUGGGAAUUUUUAAAAAUAAUACAGCUUUGGUGAGCCAGUUUUAUUUGCUGCCAAAAGGGAAGCAAAGCAUCUCAAAGGUAGGAAAUGCAGAUGUACCUGACUACAGCUUGCUUAAGAAACAAGAUCUUGUUCCAGGCACAGGAUACAGAUUCAGGGUUGCUGCAAUCAAUGGUUGUGGGAUAGGUCCUUUCAGCAAAAUCAGUGAAUUUAAAACUUGUAUUCCUGGUUUUCCUGGAGCUCCUUCUGCAGUCAGAAUUUCAAAGAAUGUUGAAGGUAUCCACCUUUCCUGGGAACCUCCAACUUCACCUUCUGGAAAUAUUUUGGAAUAUUCAGCCUACUUGGCUAUCCGCACAGCACAGAUACAAGAUAAUCCAAGUCAACUUGUGUUCAUGAGGAUUUAUUGUGGUCUUAAGACAUCAUGUAUAGUAACUGCUGGGCAACUUGCAAAUGCACAUAUUGAUUAUACAUCCAGGCCUGCCAUUGUGUUCAGGAUAUCAGCAAAGAAUGAAAAGGGAUAUGGACCAGCUACACAAGUUCGGUGGCUUCAAGGUAACAAUAAGAAAGCACCUUUAAAUUGAAUUGGUUUUUUUACUGAAGCUAUUGUGAUGAUGAUUAUUUAUUAGUAACUGGUUAUGAAGAUUUGUCAUUUAAAAGAGUAUUCUCUGGCUGUAUUUCCAGCAGUUAUGAACUUGAGUUUGUAAAUUGUUCUUAAAAUGUAUUUGCUGAAUUAUAGAUCCAAAUAAAAGAAAAGAAGCAAAGACUCUCUGAAAA